AUGAAAUUCUUUACGGCAUUAUUCCUCAUCGCUUUCGCCGUGGUCCUUGUUGAUGGCCAACGAGGUGGACCUAGAGGAUUCCGAGGACUUCGUGGGUUCGGCGGACCAGGCGGUCCACAACUAGGAGGACGCGGUGGUCCUGGCGGUUUUGGUGGUCCUGGCGGUUUUGGUGGUCCUGGCGGUCCUGGUGGUCCCGGCGGUUUUGGUGGUCCUGGCGGUUUUGGUGGUCCUGGCGGUCCCGGCGGUUUUGGUGGUCCUGGCGGUCCUGGUGGUCCUGGUGGUCCCGGCGGUUGUGGUGGUCGUCCUGGUCCUCGUCCUUUCAGGCCACGUACAACCACUACUGUUGCACCAGCUGCCAACUCAACUGUUACACCCUCAGUUGUUGCUAACUCAACUGUUACACCCUCGGUUGGUGCCAACUCAACUGUUACACCCUCAGUUAUUGCCAGUUCAACUGUUACACCUUCAGUUGUUGCCAACUCAACUGUUACACCCUCAGUUAUUGCCAGUUCAACUGUUGCAGCGAAUUCAACAUCUACUACUACGACCACACUCGCUCCAUAA